AAAUCUCGCAGACGCCACAGUAUAUAAAUUGGUGUAUGAGCCUCAUCUGACUUCAAUCUGGCAGCCUCACAAUGCAGAUCUUCGUGAAAACCCUAACGGGGAAAACAAUAACCCUAGAGGUAGAAUCCUCGGACACAAUCGACAAUGUCAAAGCCAAAAUUCAAGACAAGGAAGGCAUCCCCCCAGAUCAACAGCGCCUAAUCUUCGCCGGAAAACAGCUGGAGGACGGCCGCACACUCGCCGACUACAACAUCCAGAAGGAGUCCACUCUGCACUUGGUUCUCCGCCUACGUGGAGGGGCAAAAAAGAGGAAGAAGAAGACGUACACUAAGCCCAAGAAAAUCAAGCACAAGAAGAAGAAGGUGAAGCUGGCCGUGCUUCAGUUCUACAAGACGGAUGAUAAUGGGAAGGUGCAGCGGUUGAGGAAGGAGUGCCCUAAUGGUGAGUGUGGAGCUGGCACUUUUAUGGCUAAUCAUUUUGAUAGGCAUUAUUGUGGUAAGUGUGGCUUGACUUAUGUCUUUAACAAGCCUGGUGCUGAUUGAUCUGUUAUAGUUUUGAUGAUGUUGAGUUGAUUAGGGUUGUAUGGCAGUUCAAUUUUUUUGAAACUUUGGUACUUUUUUUGGGUAUGUUGAGUUUAUUUCGAUGGAUAUUAUCAAAAUGGUAUUCUGCUUAAUAUAGUUACCUGGAUAUUUUGUUUUUAA